GACAAUCUUCGAAUUGCGAUUUAUUCAUACGAGACAGUUCAAUCGGAAUGGAUAUAAAUUGCAGCGUGCGCUUUGCAGCCGAGCAUGUAGUUGCGCUACUUCCGGGAAUAGACCUCGCGAAGUACGUAUUAAAUAAAUUGCACUAAUUUUCGAAUCUGCACUCGAAAUAUUUGCAUUAAGGUUUCAUGAGAUUGUAACAAAUUGUCUUCGGACAAUCGUUCCAUCUGAUUUUCUACGCAAGCGCCAAAGGCCAAUGUCUGUUAAUACUUUUUGCAACCUUUCGAACAGUGUUCUAUCGCACGUCGGAAGAAAUAGGACGCUGCACAUACUAUCGGCCGAUAUGAGCGAGAAAAUAAAAAAUAUAAUUUAUCGUAACGACCAUUACAAAUCGGACUCCGAAUACGUGAUACACGUCGCCAAGACAUUGUUAACGUUGAUAGGAAUUUGGCCUAGAAAGGAUACGUUCCUAGAUAACGUUAAAAUGUAUACCCAAACAGUAACAAUUUUUAUCCUCAUGUGUUUCUUAUUAGUACCACACGUGAUUUAUACUUAUUUCGAUUGUGAAGAUCUAACCAAGUACAUGAAGGUGAUCGCCGCGCAGGUUUUUAGCCUUUUGGCAAUCAUUAAAUUUUGGACGCUAAUUUUUAAUAGAAAAGAAAUUCGAUUUUGCUUGAACGAGAUCGAAAUACAGUACAAGGACGUGGAAUGCGAGGAAGAUCGGCUGAUAAUGCUGAAUUGUGCAAAAGUUGGUCGAUAUUUUACAAUGGUAUAUUUGGCCCUUGGUUACUCUGGUGCUUUACCCUACCAUAUUAUUUUGCCUCUAAUAUCGGAGAGAAUUGUGAAAGCUGACAAUACCACUCAGAUACCUUUGCCUUACUUGAGUGAUUAUGUUUUCUUCGUCGUCGAAGAUUCACCGAUCUACGAGAUCACGUUUGUCAUCCAGAUGUGCAUCAGUUGCAUCAUAAUGACUACGAAUUAUGGAAUUUAUAGCUUGAUUGCUUCUAUAACGAUGCAUUCUUGCUGUUUGUUCGAAGUUACCAGUAGAAGAAUCGAGAAGCUUCGUAAAUGGGAUAAACGGGAUUUACACGAUCGCAUUGCUAAUAUCGUUCAAUGUCAUCUGAAAGCAAUUGAGAUGAAAGAUAUAAGAAUACUGUCGGAGGAGAUAAGGAACGAUUGGUUACACAGCACGGAAGAAAAUCGACGACUCUUUCGUGAGAACGCGAAGAUCGGUGAAAGAGUGGUGUUCAUAGCGGCCUUCACCUUAUAUUCUGGUGGUUUCUGCUAUCGAACUAUUCUUCCACUUACAAGGAGCAGUAUUGUUUUACCGAAUAAUAUUACUAUACGAAUAUUACCCAGUCCAACAUACCUUCCAUUUAUCAACGAACAGAUCACUCCAUAUUAUGAGAUAAUUUUCGUAUUACAAGUUUUGAGUGGUUUUUGCAUCUACACAGUAUUUAGCGGUGCCAUUGGGAUUAUGAUGAUGAUAUGCUUGCAUACAUGCGGUUUAUUAAGGAUUUUAAUGGACAAAUUGGUGGAUCUCACCGACAAGUCAAAUACUAGCGAGAAAAUUAUUCAAGAGAAGAUUGUAAAUAUUGUUGAAUAUCAUAGGAAGAUCAAAAGAUUCUUAAGUAACGGACAACAGCUCUCCGAGUACGUUUCUUUUCUUGAGCUCUUUAACGGCGCGGGUAUUGUCUGUUUGAUAGGAUAUGCUGUCAUAGUGGAAUGGGAAAAUCUUAAUAGCGUCUCUAUAGUGGUGUGCUUUACUCUGCUAAUAACUUUCACGUUCACCUGCUAUACGAUCUGUUCUAUUGGCCAACUUCUUUCUGACGAAAGCAAUAAUCUUGCACAAACGUGCGUCACGUUAGAUUGGUACCGUCUCCCAAUGAAACAGGCUCGGUAUGUGGUACUAAUGAUGAUUAUGUCGAAUGAUCCAAUAAAAUUGACUGCGGUGAAAGUGAUGGAUGUAUCUUUAUCGACCUUUAGCGAUAUUAUGAAAGCGUCAAUGGGAUAUUUAAAUAUGCUACGAAACGUGACUUAAUGACUUAUUAAUUUUGCAUAAAACUUAUGAAGCGUAGUAUAGUGCCACAUAGAGAUCUUAUAGCAAUGAAUACCGUGGUAUAUUUUUUAUUUUAGUUUACUAGAUUUUACAGUUCCUGGACUACAUGUUUCCAGACACUUAAGCAAAAACCGAAAUUUCAAAACGUUUUGUAUAAUAACUGCAUGUAAUAUAUUUCUGAAAGCUUCGUAUAAGUGUUCAAAUUUUUUCGUGUAACCACUGUAACAGAGUAUCAGUUGAAAAGCAGUUAUCGCUAAAAAUAACGUAGUAGUCUGCUAUCCAACUCAGCGCGGUUUCUGUCCUCCAUGAAAUCAUUCGCUUCAUUCUACAAUAACAGGUAAUUUUAAAACCAUAGUUUCCGUAAUACUUUAAUAAUUGAACUGCAAAUAUGUAUAUACAUACUGUGUAUACAGCU